UUUGCACAUUAUGAGGGGUUUUAAUUAGUGGCAAACUGUACGUCAUUGUUCUCAAGUACUGUAUUAGAAAAGAGAAUGUUGGAAUUUAGUUUAUUCAAGGCAGGUUUGCGAACAAAUGCCGCCAUUAUUAAUUUAAAUGUCAAGCUGCCAACAUGUUUGGGGAGCCGGGGGUUUGCAUCAACCGCAGGCUGGGAGUUCGAGCAGACGUUUUUGCGAGGAAAGACGACAGGGAUUUGGUGUUCAACACUUUCUCGACGGUUCAAAAUAUGAAGGAGAGUUUGUUGAUGGCCUCAGACAAGGACAGGGAAAGUACACCUGGAGAAGCGGAGAGUUCUACGAAGGCUCUUUCUACAAAGACUACAGGCAUGGUGAUGGAAAGUACUGUUGGCCAACAGGCAGCAAAUUCAUCGGCAAAUUCUACCUGAACUGGAGAGAGGGAUAUGGAAUACACAUUUACCCUGACGGAGCCAUAUUCAAGGGCUUGUACCACGCUGACCAGAGGUUUGGUCCUGGCGUGCUCAGCGAGUCAAGCGGCUGUCAGGAUGUGGGCCUCUGGCACGGAAAGCAUCUCAUACAGCUGUGUUACUCGGUGCCAGGAAGCUUCAGCCUAAAAGACAUACCUGAAUAUGCGCUCUUUGUGGAACAAGAUGCUGCCUCAAGUUCUCAAAGUCAGACUCCCCAAACGGUUCUCUCUGAAGGAGCUGCCACGACAGAUUCGGGGGUAGACUCAGAUGACGAUUUGCUUCUAUACGAUGACAAUACCAUUCUCCCCUCUGGCAUUGAGAAUUAUUCCACUGAUGUAGACCACCUACCGUUGCCCCCGCAUGUCAGAAGAGUCUUUGACCAGGAAUAUUUUGGCCAGCUGUGGGAACCCGAUUCCUGCUCGUACGAGGGCUACAAACGGGACCCGCCCUCCUCUCUGCCUUUACCGGCCCAAAUGUUGGCUCACAUUCACAAGUACAGGAAACAGGCUGAAACUUUGGACUGGGCUGUUUCCAAAGUUCUUUCAUACCAAAGGGACAGUUUUGGUCCAAAAGGCUCUUUGGAGGUGGCAUCGGAGUUUCUGAUCCAGCAGGCUUCCGAAGGAGCGCGAGAGGCCGUUUUACAGGUUUUGCUAGAUGGGUUCGUCCACCCCGAUGUCGCUGAUUCUCAGGGGCACACGGCGUUAAUUGCCGCCGCAGUAAGUUGUCCCAGUGUGUCGUCCUUUGCUGCUUUUCCUUUGUUGAUCGGUUGUGUGGUUGUGCUGCUCGCUCAGAUGAACAGCCAGAAUGAUGUGAUUGACCUUCUGCUGGACAUGGGGGCUUGUAUUGAUAAGCUGAAUUUUGAGGGUAUGUCGUCUUUGUCCGUGUGUCUUGUGCUCUACUAUCCCGUUCAGUGUUUGUACACGCAUUCUGCAACUCCAGCCCCAGCACAGGAGCCCGCCAAUGAGGAGCCCGCCAAUGAGGAGUUGACUCCUGCGGACGAUCUCGGCGCCACGAACCAGAUUCAUUUGCCACUUUUGGAGGACUCAGUUCAGCAAGAAAUCGAAGCAACCCCACUGCAGUCCUUUUCGUCUUCCUGCUCCAUGUACAACUACAACAUUCAAGUGUCGGAGAAGCUCCUGCAGGGCGCGGCUGAAGCUCUGAGUCACACCAGCUUUCCUCUGCAUUCCGAUACCCAGGAGACGGUUCGCAAAUUAGCUGCCGAAAAAUAUAUGCACCGUUUUCGUUUGUCCACACUGAAUCUGCUAUUAGAUCGGGGCGCGGACCCCAAUAUUUGCAAAGUCCCCUUGCCUGUCCUCUUUGUGGCCAUCAUGGCAGGAGACACUGAAACUGUCAGGAGACUUUUGCUGAGUGGAGCUUGCACUAGCAUUUCUCUCUCGCUCAAGUGGAAAGGCCUUUAUCCUCUGCAUGUAGCUGCAGUCUUGCGAGGCCCAGAAAGUCCCAAAAUCAUUGAACUGCUGCUGCACGCUUUAUCCGACCCUGACGCGCGGGCGUCGGACCAGGAUGAGAGCUAUGAACUGGAUAAGGUACGCGGGUUCUGCUCUGGGCGUCGUUCCAUUGUGGAACCUCGAGUGAUUGUUUGACAGGUUUCCAUGGCGAUGAGAAAAUCAGGCAAGAUCCACACGCAGCCCGGUCCUGAAGAAGGAGGUCGAACAGCUCUGCACAUGAUCUGCCAGAGACAAACGGACCACCGGAAUGCCAGCAAGGCGGUCUCAGUCCUGCUCUCCCACAGAGCCAGAACCGAUCUCCUCUGGAGUGGACACUCGCCUCUUUCUUUGGCCAUAUCAAGUGGCAAUGACAUGGCCGUGAAAGUGCUCCUAAAGGAAGGUGCAGAUCCCAACAUUCCGCUGGGUCACGGAGUGGGCAACGCCCUUUGUGUCGUCAGUAACUUUAGCUACGACUUGGAUAGCAAAAGAGUCAAACUGUUGGACAUGUUAAUAAAAGCUGGUGCCGACAUGUUGAUGCAAAUUCCAAUCGGUGAUUUGAAAGGGACUGCGGUUGACUAUGCACACUUCUCUUUCAACCAGGAUAAGCGUAUUGCUAAUACGCCCUUCAGCACGCUCAACACGGAGGAGAGAGAAACAUUCCAAGCACGCCGUCACAUACUCAGCUUAAUGGGAGAUCUGCUACGAAACGAGGCUGUCGAGAGAGAGAAAGAACAAUUAGAGAGAGAAAAGCAUCUUUUACAGAAUAGUGACGACACAAGUUCUGACAAACAAACUCCAGUAGCAAGGCAACCAUUUCGGUUCUGCUAUCAUUGUGGCCUAUCUGCAGCGGUGACGCUGAAUCCUUGUACUCGCUGCCUCAAAGUGCUCUACUGCUCAACGCAUUGUAAACUAAAAGCAUGGAACAAAGGACACAAGCAAGAGUGUGUCCGGAAGUGUAGGCACGUUCCGGCCACCCAAAUAUCACAUAGUCAGAAAAAGAGCAAGAAAAAAAGUGAGAAAAUUUUCAAUUUAGGCUGUGGAAUCAGAGGGCCACAUCGUUCACAACAAAAGUAAAAUAGCAAGUACUACGGGGGGAGGAGACCCCUUUCACUUUUGUGCCUACGUUUACAUGGACACAUUAAUUGGAUUUAAAAAUUUGAUUGCAAUAAAGUUUAAAGUAGAUAUGGACGAAGCGCUCUUUUGUUUGUACAGAAGUUGCAACAGCUUGAGUAUAUUUGGUCUACAUUUGGUCAAUCUGCGCACGUGAAAAUAAUUUGUUCCGAUCGAAAGUGUCAAGUGUGGAAGUCCGAUUCGGAUCAAUAUUUUGAAAAUAUUGCAUUUGAUCAUGAUUUUAAUCUGCUGUAAUCGUAUUA